AUGCUUUAUACCCGAGCUACAGGUGGGGUAGGCUCCACUUCGAUGGGAGUGGUGAUGAGAAGAGGUCCUCAGGGGAUGAUGCUGCAGCGUGGGACAGCCAGCGUACCUCUACGACAACAACAAUUAGUCGCUCAUGCUCUCGGUAACACACUUUCCAAUCGAGCAUUUUCAUCAUCGUUACCAAUCCCAUUACAAGCACUCUCGAUAACUCAGCAAACCCGAUUAUAUCCCCAUCCAUCUUUCUCCCGUUCAGUUUCAACUCAGCCUCAACCUCCUGCACCAUCAUCUACACCACCACCACCAUUCUCUGCACCUUCCAACCCUUCCUCUCCCAAGAACAUCCAUGAUCCACCAUUAGGUACACCGCCUCCUCUCCCUCCUACCCCGCUGAACGCUCUUCCACCGAAAGCCACUGAACUGGCCAAAGCGGCAGAGGAGAAAGAAGUGGCCAAGAAGGAAGAGAAGAAGCCGACUGGUCCAUUGCCCGCCAGGAUAUGGGCGGUGGUGAAGAAAGAGGCAGCUCAUUAUUGGGCGGGAACAAAGUUGUUAGGUCAAGAGAUCAAGAUCAGUAGCAAGUUGCAGUGGAAAUUGCUGAAUGGAGGUACAUUGACAAGAAGAGAGAGAAGACAGCUUCGAAGAACGACAACAGAUUUACUUCGUCUCAUACCCUUCUUGCCAUUCGUCCUGGUGCCUUUCAUGGAAUUGUUGUUACCCGUUGCUUUGAAACUAUUCCCCAACAUGUUGCCUUCAACGUUCGAAGGGGAGUUCGCAGCAAGCGAGAAACAGCGAAAGCUGUUACGAGUCAGGAUCGAAAUGGCCAAAUUCUUACAAGAGACCGUAAGAGAAUCAGGGUUGAAAGCGGAUAGUGUAGUGAAGAGUGAAGAAUUCAAAGAGUUCUUCAGGAAGGUUCGAUCGACUGGUGAAACACCUUCUCAAACCGAUGUAGUCAGAGUAGCCAAAUUGUUCCACGAUGAUAUCACUCUGGAUAACCUUUCAAGACCUCAAUUGGUAUCAAUGUGUAGAUAUAUGAACAUCAACGCUUUUGGAACGGAUAACUUCUUGAAACAUCAGAUCAGAAGUAAAUUAGAGAAAGUCAGAGUAGAUGACAUGAUGAUUCACGCAGAAGGUGUCGACUCCCUUUCCACCAAAGAACUUCAAUCGGCCUGUCAAUCUCGAGGAAUCCGGUUCCAAGGUGUAUCCCCAGCUAGACUUCGGGAAGAGUUGGAACAAUGGAUCGAGCUGCACUACACCAAUGGUAUCUCAGGUGUAUUGCUGGUCUUGAGUAGAGCUUUCAACUUUGAACAGAAAGGUGAUAACGUGAUGGAAAGUUUGGUAACUACCCUCAGUAGUCUGCCCGAGAACUUGCUUAACGAAGCGGAACUUAAUGUCUCGGAUGAGGCUACUUACAAGCAGAAACUCGAAGUCUUGCAACAACAACAAGAACUCAUUGAGGAUGAAGCUGAUCAAGAGAAGGAAGAGCAAGAAGCAAGAAAGGAGGAGAAAGAACGAAAAGAAGCUGAAGAAGCUGCCAAACGAGAACAAGAGGAGGCUGCCAAGAAAGCCGCUGCUGAAGCUUCAGGUGAAGCUGAACAGCCUGCUGCCGCCACUACGGAGGAAGUCAAAGAACCACCUAAACCGGAAGAGGAUGCUCGUAUGACCAAAGAACAGCUUGGUGAAUUAGCUGAAGCGUUGAGUAUCUUGACUGCCAAGAGUAGUAUCGUCAAGGAGAGGGAUGAACUCAAAGCGUUAUUGGAGGAUAAUUUGCUAUCUGAGGCUGAAUCGAAAGAAAGACAGGAAGAGAAUUCACCUUCUGUAGCUGUGUCCAAGAGGGUCAGAAAGAUGAUCCAGACUAUCGAUACUCAAUUGGAGAAGUACGACGAGAAAGUUGGAUCUUCUUUGAAUGUCAUUGAAACUUCCCCUCAUGGUCAAAUCGCUUUGGCAGACCUCAAGAAAGCUUUGACUGUGAUCAAACAUAAGCCUUCGGAUGAGAUCAUCGAGGGUUUGGGUAAGAAGUUGGAUGUUGAUCAAGAUGGAUUUGUUGAACUUGACCACGUUAUCGAACUUACGCAGGAUCAUGGUCUGGGAAUCUUACUUGAAGAUGAGGAAGCCAGAAAUAUCCUUGACAAAGGAUCAGAUAUUAGACACAGCAAAGAUGUCAAAGAGCUCAAACCAAAGAGGGAAGAUAUCCUCCAAGAAUAG